AUGUCAAGCUAUCAGUUGGCUGCAGAGCUUGGUUGGCCCGCUCGGCUUAUCAACCAGCCUUCGGAGAGGGCAUUCAUUUCUCUCUUGAGAAAUGGUCUAGUCCUAUGCAAUGCCAUCAACAAGAUUAACCCAGGAUCAGUGCCCAAGGUCGUGGAGAAUCAAUCACAUUUACAAUCAGUCACCUGGGAAUCUCAGCCAUUGCCUGCCUAUCAGUACUUUGAAUUCGAAUGUGCGAAACUUUUUGGUGGCUGUGGAAGAGCUUCUGAAGCAUCUGAUCUUGAAAGGGAUGCAUUGGAGGCCAGAUCCGUGUCCAAGGUUGUUGAUUGCAUAUUGGCGCUUAAAGCAUAUCAUGAAUGGAAACAGAUGGGCAGUGAGAAUGGGUCUUACAGAAGUGCAAAAUAUCCUUUGGGCAACUUUGGUCAUGCCUCAACAGCAAUUUCAUCGGACUCCUCCAAGCGAUUAGAUAUGUCUGCAGCAUGUGAGAAACAGACACCUGUUUGA